GUAGAAUAACAAAGUAGAAUUCAACACCUAUGCGUUGUUAGUAGCCACUUAACGAUAGGGUAGAACCAAGGACAGGCGCAAAAGGUUCAACAGCUCGUGCUGGCAACAGAAACACGUCUUUAGAGCUUUUUACAAAAACUGCGAUAUUUGUUGAAUGUUAUCGGCGCUUAAUGAGGAGUUGAGGAGGGAAACACAUUGUGCUGACGUUCUCCAUGGGUAUACCAAGACCUAUGUCCAGAAUAUGUGCCAGUUUUAAAGGACGCUCAAGCUAACUUGGACCCCUUUGACGCCGUGGUGGAGUGAGGACGCUGAAGACUCGCACCUUAUUUAUUAAUAAGAUCCCACAACUGUGACUAUAUAGCAAGGAUGAAGAUGAGUUUGAUAGUGGUUCUUCUGAUCUGUUUUCAGUUAUCAGCUGGCGGGCUCAUACCAACUACGGAUGGCCGGUUCAUUUUCAACGGUAACUCAUGGGAAUAUAACCACCAUUUUCCAUAUAAAGAAAACCAACUGCACGGCCGGCUAUGGUUUAAAGAUAACAAAUGGUGGCAAGAAAAACCCGGUUCCACAGAUGACAAGGGCCUUAAAGAGUUUCUAUCCAAAUUCCCCCCUACAGAACCUCCAUCACACCAAUGCGGCGUUCAGAGUCUCCCCACGCCCGGAUUCAGAGACAGUAGAAAGAGGAUCAUCGGUGGUAAACCCGCAGAGCCAGGGAACUGGCCUUGGGUGGCACAAAUAGCUUAUGGUCGCCCCCCUAUACUGGGUCAUUUGUGUGGAGGAGUACUUAUUGCCCCACAGUUUAUGCUCACUGCGGCUCACUGUGCUACGUUUUUCGGUGAAAGACUAGACCAGUGGCAGAUCACGCUUGGAGAGUCAGACCUGCUACUGGAGGAGGGUUCUGAGCAAGUUUAUACUGUAGCUACGUGGGAAAACCAUCCAGAUUUUGAUCCAGCAACUCUGAACAAUGAUGUGACAUUGGUGAAACUUGACCGACCUGUGGCAGGGAGUAAAUACGUCAGCCCUAUCUGUUUGCCUACCUUCCGAGAAGAUGGCGGAACCAAAUGCAUUGUCGCUGGUUGGGGCUUUUCUAAACAGGCAGAGUCAAACGACAAGAUACCGAGAUGGCAGUGGAGCGACAAGCUGUAUUAUGUGGAGGUGCCGAUUUUGGAAAUGACAACGUGUCGAAAUCUGCUGCCGUCCUUCAAUAUUUCUGACACAAUGGCGUGUGCAGCUAGUCUCCAAGGCGGGAGAGACUCAUGCAAGAUGGACAGCGGAGGGCCGUUGAUGUGCCCACAUGACGGGAAAUGGUAUCUUUUCGGCUUAGUGAGUUUCGGAGAUGGUUGCGGAUGGCCCAAAAAGCCGGGAGUCUACACUGUGGUCUCUAUGUACUACGACUGGAUACAAGAGCAAAUGAGAAAAAUGCAACUUUAAAAGGUGUCGAGAAAAGUGCUUCAUUUACGGCAGGGAUGACUGCAAAACUUUUUCUAAUACUACCGAGAAGUUGAACCGUUGUACAUUUUCAAAAUGCCAAUAGAAACGGCGACAACUCACUUAUCUGUAAAAAGUUUAAGUGAGGCGACUGUUGUAUACUUUAGAACUGCAGUCUUGGUGUAAAUACGAACACUGACGUGCUGUGUUUUUCUGUAAAAGCCGGGACAAAUAGGAUAACGUCACUGAUAAUAUACAUGCAUAUUGGUGAAAUGCACACAUUAAAUCUCUGGCCUGGCGUGUUUUAGACGCAUUGGUUAGUUAAAACUGGGCAUACCAGUUUAAAUUUCUGCUUCCUAGCUUUUAAGGGGUAUAUUUUAUAAAAGCAGUUUAAAAUUCUUUAAUAUUUUUUUUGAAAUAUGCAAAUGUUUCUGGCAAUAAAGGGGAUUUAUGUAAUGCAAAAAAAAA